AUGGGACUUGACAACUUCCGAGCCAGAGACACUGACCCAGAGUCUCCACCGACCUCUGGAGGGGUUUCGUUCUAUCAGUCUCCCACCCCUAGGGACAUCAUCCCGCCCUCCCCCUCACGGCGCCUGAACUCAUCAAGACGAGUCACGUAUUCUGCUAGGCAUCGUCAUAUAUAUUCUAUCGCCCUCAGUGUUGCCCAUGAUAUCCGCCGCUUGUGCUUAGAUGAUGAUGGCACCGUAACAUAG